AUGUCCAAAGUGCGAGCCAAUGUGAUUGGCAAUGGCUUUGCCAGGUUACGAGGAUUGGACGUCGGCCACGACGAGGAGCGCGAGGCCGAUGAUCAGGAGGAUGAUGGCCACGACAGGAGUUGGGACGGCGUGCGACAUCGAAUGGCCUUGCUCAUCGCAGCAGGACUGGCGUGCGCAGGGCUCGCUCUUUGGGCGCUCUACUCCUGGCAAUUCCCGGCCUUCAGCCUGCUGCAAGAGGCAAGAUCUUUUUCCGAUUCGCUGGUGUCGUCGUUGAUCUCCAACCUUCCGGUGGAAGUGCAAGGAUGA